AUGUCCACGUCCACGUCCAUCACCCCGCCACAUUUUCCCACUUUCCAUCACCCCGCCCCCUUCUCUCUCCUUCCAUCACCCCGCCCCAUUCUCCCUCCUUCCAUCACCCCGCCCCAUUCUCCCGCUUUCCAUCAGCCCGCCCCAUUCUCCCGCUUUCCAUCACCCCGCCCCUUUCUCCCACUUUCCAUCUCCCCGCCCCAUUCUCCCGCUUUCCAUCACACUGCCCCAUUCUCCCGCUUUCCAUCACCCCGCCCCAUUCUUCCGCUUCCCAUCAUCCCGCCCCAUUCCCCCGCUUUCCAUCACCCCUCCCCAUUCUCCCUCCUUCCAUCACCCCGCCCCAUUCUCCCACUUUCCAUCACCCGCCCCAUUCUCCCGCUUUCCAUCACCUCGCCCCACUCUCCCGCUUUCCAUCACCCCGCCCCAUUCUUCUGCAUUCCAUCACCCCGCCCCAUUCUCCCGCUUUCCAUCACCCUGCCCCAUUCUCCCGCUUUCCAUCACCCCGCCCCAUUCUCCCACUUUCCAUCACCCCGCCCCAUUCUCCCGCUUUCCACCACCCCAGCCCAUUCUCUCGCUUACCAUCACCCCGCCCCCUUCUUCCUCCUUCCAUCACCCCGCCCCAUUCUCCCUCCUUCCUUCACUCCGCCCCAUUCUCCCGCUUUCCAUCACCCUGCCUCAUUCUCCCGCUUUCCAUCACCCCGCCCCAUUCUCCCGCUUUUCCAUCACCCCGCCCCAUUCUCCCUCCUUCCAUCACCCCGCCCCAUUCUCCCGCUUUCCAUCACUCCGCCCCAUUCUCCCGCUUUCCAUCACCCCGCCCCCUUCUCCCUCCUUCCAUCACCCCGCCCCAUUCUCCCGCUUUCCAUCAGCCCGCCCCAUUCUCCCGCUUUCCAUCACCCCGCCCCUUUCUCCCGCUUUCCAUCUCCGUGCCCCAUUCUCCCGCUUUCCAUCACCCCGCCCCAUUCUCCCGCUUUCCAUCACCCCGCCCCAUUCUCCCGCUUCCCAUCAUCCCGCCCCAUUCUCCCGCUUUCUAUCACCCCGCCCCAUUCUCCCUCCUUCCAUCACCCCGCCCCAUUCUCCCGCUUUCCAUCACCCCGCCCCAUUCUCCCGCUUUCCACCACCCCGCCCCCUUCUCCCUCCUUCCAUCACCCCGCCCCAUUCUCCCUCCUUCCAUCACCCCGCCCCACUCUCCCGCUUUCCAUCAGCCCGCCCCAUUCUCCCGCUUUCCAUCACCCCGCCCCUUUCUCCCGAUUUCCAUCUCCCUGCUCCAUUCUCCCGCUUUCCAUCACCCCGUCCCAUUCUCCUGCUUUCUAUCACCCCGCCCCAUUCUCCCGCUUCCCAUCAUCCCGCCCCAUUCCCCCGCUUUCCAUCACCCCUCCCCAUUCUCCCCUCUUCUAUCACCCCGCCCCAUUCUCCCGCUUUCCAUCACCCCGCCCCAUUCUCCCUCCUUCCAUCACCCCGCCCCAUUCUCCCUCCUUCCAUCACCCCGCCCCAUUCUCCCGCUUUCCAUCACCCCGCCCCAUUCUCCCGCUUUCCAUCACCCCGCCCCUUUCUCCCGCUUUCCAUCUCCGUGCCCCAUUCUCCCGCUUUCCAUCACCCCGCCCCAUUCUCCCGCUUUCCAUCACCCCGCCCCAUUCUUCCGCUUCCCAUCAUCCCGCCCCAUUCCCCCGCUUUCCAUCACCCCUCCCCAUUCUCCCUCCUUCCAUCACCCCGCCCCAUUCUCCCACUUUCCAUCACCCGCCCCAUUCUCCCGCUUUCCAUCACCUCGCCCCACUCUCCCGCUUUCCAUCACCUUGCCCCAUUCUUCUGCUUUCCAUCACCCCGCCCCAUUCUCCCGCUUCCCAUCAUCCCGCCCCAUUCCCCCGCUUUCCAUCACCCCGCCCCAUUCUCCCGCUUUCCAUCAGCCCGCCCCAUUCUCCCGCUUUCCAUCACCCCGCCCCUUUCUCCCGCUUUCCAUCUCCGUGCCCCAUUCUCCCGCUUUCCAUCACCCCGCCCCAUUCUCCCGCUUUCCAUCACCCCGCCCCAUUCUCCCGCUUCCCAUCAUCCCGCCCCAUUCUCCCGCUUUCUAUCACCCCGCCCCAUUCUCCCUCCUUCCAUCACCCCGCCCCAUUCUCCCGCUUUCCAUCACCCCGCCCCAUUCUCCCGCUUUCCACCACCCCGCCCCCUUCUCCCUCCUUCCAUCACCCCGCCCCAUUGUCCCUCCUUCCAUCACCCCGCCCCACUCUCCCGCUUUCCAUCAGCCCGCCCCAUUCUCCCGCUUUCCAUCACCCCGCCCCUUUCUCCCGAUUUCCAUCUCCCUGCUCCAUUCUCCCGCUUUCCAUCACCCCGUCCCAUUCUCCUGCUUUCCAUCACCCCGCCCCAUUCUCCCGCUUCCCAUCAUCCCGCCCCAUUCCCCCGCUUUCCAUCACCCCUCCCCAUUCUCCCCUCUUCUAUCACCCCGCCCCAUUCUCCCGCUUUCCAUCACCCCGCCCCAUUCUCCCUCCUUCCAUCACCCCGCCCCAUUCUCCCUCCUUCCAUCACCCCGCCCCAUUCUCCCGCUUUCCAUCACCCCGCCCCAUUCUCCCGCUUUCCAUCACCCCGCCCCUUUCUCCCGCUUUCCAUCUCCGUGCCCCAUUCUCCCGCUUUCCAUCACUCCGCCCCAUUCUCCCGCUUUCCAUCACCCCGCCCCAUUCUCCCGCUUCCCAUCAUCCCGCCCCAUUCUCCCGCUUUCUAUCACCCCGCCCCAUUCUCCCUCCUUCCAUCACCCCGCCCCAUUCUCCCGCUUUCCAUCACCCCGCCCCAUUCUCCCGCUUUCCACCACCCCGCCCCCUUCUCCCUCCUUCCAUCACCCCGCCCCAUUCUCCCUCCUUCCAUCACCCCGCCCCAUUCUCCCGCUUUCCAUCAGCCCACCCCAUUCUCCCGCUUUCCAUCACCCCGCCCCUUUCUCCCGCUUUCCAUCUCCCUGCUCCAUUCUCCCGCUUUCCAUCACCCCUAUUCCACCUUCCAUCAACCCGCCCCCUUCUCUCUCCUUCCAUCACCCCGCCCCAUUCUCCCUCCUUCCAUCACCCCGCCCCAUUCUCCCGCUUUCCAUCGGCUCGCCCCAUUCUCCCGCUUUCCAUCACCCCUCCCCUUUCUCCCGCUUUCCAUCUCCCCGCCCCAUUCUCCCGCUUUCCAUCACCCCGCCCCAUUCUCCCGCUUUCCAUCACCCCGCCCCAUUCUUCCGCUUCCCAUCAUCCCGCCCCAUUCCCCCGCUUUCCAUCACCCCUCCCCAUUCUCCCUCCUUCUAUCACCCCGCCCCAUUCUCUCACUUUCCAUCACCCCGCCCCAUUCUCCUGCUUUCCAUCACCCCGACCCAUUCUCCCGCUUUCCAUCACCCCGCCCCAUUCUGCCUCCUUCCAUCACCCCGCCCCAUUCUCCCGCUUUCCAUCACCCCGCCCCAUUCUCCCUCCUUCCAUCACCCCGCCCCAUUCUCCCUCAUUCCAUCACCCCGCUCCAUUCUCCCGCUUUCCAUCACCCCGCGCCAUUCUCCCGCUUCCCAUAACCCCACCCCAUUCUCCCGCUUUCCAUCACCCCGCCACAUUUUCCCACUUUCCAUCACCCCGCCCCCUUCUCUCUCCUUCCAUCACCCCGCCUCAUUCUACCUCCUUCCAUCACCCCGCCCCAUUCUCCCGCUUUCCAUCAGCCCGCCCCAUUCUCCCGCUUUCCAUCACUCCGCCCCUUUCUCCCGCUUUCCAUCUCCCCGCCCCAUUCUCCCGCUUUCCAUCAGACCGCCCCAUUCUCCCGCUUUCCAUCACCACGCCCCAUUCUUCCGCUUCCCAUCAUCCCGCCCCAUUCCCCCGCUUUCCAUCACCCCUCCCCAUUCUCCCUCCUUCCAUCACCCCGCCCCUUUCUCCCGCUUUCCAUCUCCCGCCCCAUUCUCCCGCUUUCCAUCACCCGCCCCAUUCUCCCGCUUUCCAUCACCUCGCCCCAUUCUCCCGCUUUCCAUCACCCCGCCCUAUUCUUCUGCUUUCCAUCAUCCCGCCCCAUUCUCCCGCUUUCCAUCACCUCGCCCCACUCUCCCGCUUUCCAUCACCCCGCUCCAUUCUUCUGCUUUCCAUCACCCCGCCCCAUUCUCCCGCUUUCCAUCACCCUGCCCCAUUCUCCCGCUUUCCAUCACCCCGCCCCAUUCUCCCGCUUUCCAUCACCCGCCCCAUUCUCCCGCUUUCCAUCACCCCGCCCCAUUCUCCCGCUUUCCAUCACCCCGCCCCAUUCUCCUUCCUUCCAUCACCCCGCCCCAUUCUCCCGCUUUCCAUCACCCCGCUCCAUUCUCCCGCUUUCCAUCACGCCGCCCCCUUCUCCCUUCUUCCAUCACCCCGCCCCAUUCUCCCUCCUUCCAUCACCCCGCCCCAUUCUUCCGCUUUUCAUCACCCCGCCCCAUUCUCCCGCUUUCCAACACCCCAGCCCAUUCUCUCGCUUACCAUCACCCCGCCCCCUUCUUCCUCCUUCCAUCACCCCGCCCCAUUCUCCCUCCUUCCUUCACCCCGCCCCAUUCUCCCGCUUUCGAUCACCCUGCCCCAUUCUCCCGCUUUCCAUCACCCCGCCCCAUUCUCCCGCUUUUCCAUCACCCCGCCCCAUUCUCCCUCCUUCCAUCACCCCGCCCCAUUCUCCCGCUUUCCAUCACCCCGCCCCAUUCUCCCGCUGUCCAUCACCCCGCCCCCUUCUCCCUCCUUCCAUUACCCCGCCCCAUUCUCCCGCUUUCAAUCAGCCCGCCCCAUUCUCCCGCUUUCCAUCACCCCGCCCCUUUCUCCCGCUUUCCAUCUCCGUGCCCCAUUCUCCCGCUUUCCAUCACCCCGCCCCAUUCUCCCGCUUUCCAUCACCCCGCCCCAUUCUCCCGCUUCCCAUCAUCCCGCCCCAUUCUCCCGCUUUCUAUCACCCCGCCCCAUUCUCCCUCCUUCCAUCACCCCGCCCCAUUCUCCCGCUUUCCAUCACCCCGCCCCAUUCUCCCGCUUUCCACCACCCCGCCCCAUUCUCCCUCCUUCCAUCACCCCGCCCCAUUCUCCCUCCUUCCAUCACCCCGCCCCAUUCUCCCGCUUUCCAUCAGCCCGCCCCAUUCUCCCGCUUUCCAUCACCCGGCCCCUUUCUCCCGCUUUCCAUCUCCCUGCUCCAUUCUCCCGCUUUCCAUCACCCCGCCCCAUUCUCCCGCUUCCCAUCACCCCGCCCCAUUCUCUUUCCUUCCAUCACCCCGCCCCAUUCUCCCGCUUUCCAUCACCCCGCCCCAUUCUCCCGCUUUCCAUCACCCUGCCCCAUUCUCCCGCUUCCCAUCAUCCCGCCCCAUUCCCCCGCUUUCCAUCACCCCUCCCCAUUCUCCCCUCUUCCAUCACCCCGCCCCAUUCUCCUGCUUUCCAUCACCCCGCCCCAUUCUCCCUCCUUCCAUCACCCCGCACCAUUCUCCCUCCUUCCAUCACCCCGCCCCAUUCUCCCGCUUUCCAUCACCCCGCGCUAUUCUCCCGCCUUCCAUCACCCGGCUCCAUUCUCCCGCUUUCCAUCACCCCGCCCCAUUCCCCCGCUUCCCAUAACCCCACCUCAUUCUCCCGCUUUCCAUCACCCCGCCACAUUCUCCCGCUUUCCAUCACCCCGCCCCAUUCUCCUUCCUUCCAUCACCGCGCCCCAUUCUCCCGCUUUCCAUCACCCCGCUCCAUUCUCCCGCUUUCCAUCACGCAGCCCCCUUCUCCCUUCUUCCAUCACCCCGCCCCAUUCUCCCUCCUUCCAUCACCCCGCCCCAUUCUCCCGCUUUCCAUCAGCCCGCCCCUUUCUCCCGCUUUCCAUCUCCCUGCCCCAUUCUCCCACUUUCCAUCAACCCGCCCCAUUCUCCCGCUUUCCAUCACCCCGCCCCAUUCUCCCGCUUCCCAUCAUCCCGCCCCAUUCCCCCGGUUUCCAUCACCCCUCCCGAUUCUCCCUCCUUCUAUCACCCCGCCCCAUUCUCCCGCUUUCCAUUACCCGCCCCAUUCUCCCGCUUUCCAUCACCUCGCCCCAUCUCCCGCUUUCCAUCACCCCGCCCUAUUCUUCUGCUUUCUAUCACCCCGCCCCAUUCUCCUGCUUUCCAUCACCCCGCCCCAUUCACCUGCUUUCCAUCACCCCGCCCUAUUCUUCUGCUUUCCAUCACCCCACCCCAUUCUCUCGCUUUCCAUCACCCCGCACCCUUCUUCCUCCUUCCAUCACCCGCCCCAUUCUCCCGCUUUCCAUCACCCCGCCCCAUUCUCCCGCUUUCCAUCACCCCGCUUCAUUCUCCCGCUUUCCAUCACCCCGCCACAUUUUCCCACUUUCCAUCACCCCGCCCCCUUCUCUCUCCUUCCAUCACCCCGCCCCAUUCUCCCUCCUUCCAUCACCCCGCCCCAUUCUCCCGCUUUCCAUCAGCCCGCCCCAUUCUCUCGCUUUCCAUCACCCCUCCCCCUUCUUCCUCCUUCCAUCACCCCGCCCCAUUCUCCCUCCUUCCUUCACCCCGCCCCAUUCUCCCGUUUUCCAUCACCCUGCCCCAUUCUCCCGCUUUCCAUCACCCCGCCCCAUUCUCCCGCUUUUCCAUCACCCCGCCCCAUUCUCCCUCCUUCCAUCACCCCGCCCCAUUCUCCCGCUUUCCAUCACUCCGCCCCAUUCUCCCGCUUUCCAUCACCCCGCCCCCUUCUCCCUCCUUCCAUCACCCCGCCCCAUUCUCCCUCCUUCCAUCACCCCGCCCCAUUCUCCCGCUUUCCAUCAGCCCGCCCCAUUCUCCCGCUUUCCAUCACCCCGCCCCUUUCUCCCGCUUUCCAUCUCCGUGGCCCAUUCUCCCGCUUUCCAUCACCCCGCCCCAUUCUCCCGCUUUCCAUCCCCCCCCCCAUUCUCCCGCUUCCCAUCAUCCCGCCCCAUUCUCCCGCUUUCUAUCACCCCGCCCCAUUCUCCCUCCUUCCAUCACCCCGCCCCAUUCUCCCGCUUUCCAUCACCCCGCCCCAUUCUCCCGCUUUCCACCACCCCGCCCCCUUCUCCCUCCUUCCAUCACCCCGCCCCAUUCUCCCUCCUUCCAUCACCCCGCCCCACUCUCCCGCUUUCCAUCAGCCCGCCCCAUUCUCCCGCUUUCCAUCACCCCGCCCCUUUCUCCCGCUUUCCAUCUCCCUGCUCCAUUCUCCCGCUUUCCAUCACCCCGUCCCAUUCUCCCGCUUUCCAUCACCCCGCCCCAUUCUCCCGCUUCCCAUCAUCCCGCCCCAUUCCCCCGCUUUCCAUCACCCCUCCCCAUUCUCCCCUCUUCUAUCACCCCGCCCCAUUCUCCCGCUUUCCAUCACCCCGCCCCAUUCUCCCUCCUUCCAUCACCCCGCCCCAUUCUCCCUCCUUCCAUCACCCUGCCCCAUUCUCCCGCUUUCCAUCACCCCGCCCCAUUCUCCCGCUUUCCAUCACCCCGCCCCUUUCUCCCGCUUUCCAUCUCCGUGCCCCAUUCUCCCGCUUUCCAUCACCCCGCCCCAUUCUCCCGCUUUCCAUCACCCCGCCCCAUUCUCCCGCUUCCCAUCAUCCCGCCCCAUUCUCCCGCUUUCUAUCACCCCGCCCCAUUCUCCCUCCUUCCAUCACCCCGCCCCAUUCUCCCGCUUUCCAUCACCCCGCCCCAUUCUCCCGCUUUCCACCACCCCGCCCCCUUCUCCCUCCUUCCAUCACCCCGCCCCAUUCUCCCUCCUUCCAUCACCCCGCCCCAUUCUCCCGCUUUCCAUCAGCCCACCCCAUUCUCCCGCUUUCCAUCACCCCGCCCCUUUCUCCCGCUUUCCAUCUCCCUGCUCCAUUCUCCCGCUUUCCAUCACCCCGUUCCAUUCUCCCGCUUUCCAUCACCCCGCCCCAUUCUCCCGCUUCCCAUCAUCCCGCCCCAUUCCCCCGCUUUCCAUCACCCCUCCCCAUUCUCCCCUCUUCCAUCACCCCGCCCCAUUCUCCUGCUUUCCAUCACCCCGCCCCAUUCUCCCUCCUUCCAUCACCCCGCCCCAUUCUCCCUCCUUCCAUCACCCCGCCCCAUUCUCCCGCUUUCCAUCACCCCGCCCCAUUCUCCCGCUUCCCAGAACCCCACCCCAUUCUCCCGCUUUCCAUCACCCCGCCACAGUAUUCCACCUUUCAUCAACCCGCCCCCUUCUCUCUCCUUCCAUCACCCCGCCCCAUUCUCCCUCCUUCCAUCACCCCGCCCCAUUCUCCCGCUUUCCAUCAGCUCGCCCCAUUCUCCCGCUUUCCAUCACCCCUCCCCUUUCUCCUGCUUUCCAUCUCCUCGCCCCAUUCUCCCGCUUUCCAUCACCCUGCCCCAUUCUCCCGCUUUCCAUCACCCCGCCCCAUUCUUCCGCUUCCCAUCAUCCCGCCCCAUUCCCCCGCUUUCCAUCACCCCUCCCCAUUCUCCCUCCUUCUAUCACCCCGCCCCAUUCUCUCACUUUCCAUCACCCCGCCCCAUUCUCCCGCUUUCCAUCACCCCGACCCAUUCUCCCGCUUUCCAUCACCCCGCCCCAUUCUGCCUCCUUCCAUCACCCCGCCCCAUUCUCCCGCUUACCAUCACCCCGCCCCAUUCUCCCUCCUUCCAUCACCCCGCCCCAUUCUCCCUCAUUCCAUCACCCCGCUCCAUUCUCCCGCUUUCCAUCACCCCGCGCCAUUCUCCCGCUUCCCAUAACCCCACCCCAUUCUCCCGCUUUCCAUCACCCCGCCACAUUUUCCCACUUUCCAUCACCCCGCCCCCUUCUCUCUCCUUCCAUCACCCCGCCCCAUUCUCCCUCCUUCCAUCACCCCGCCCCAUUCUCCCGCUUUCCAUCACCCCGCCCCAUUCUCCCGCUUUCCAUCACCCCGCCCCUUUCUCCCGCUUUCCAUCUCCCCGCCCCAUUCUCCCACUUUCCAUCAGACCGCCCCAUUCUCCCGCUUUCCAUCACCACGCCCCAUUCUUUCGCUUCCCAUCAUCCCGCCCCAUUCCCCCGCUUUCCAUCACCCCUCCCCAUUCUCCCUCCUUCCAUCACCCCGCCCCUUUCUCCCGCUUUCCAUCUCCCGCCCCAUUCUCCCGCUUUCCAUCACCCGCCCCAUUCUCCCGCUUUCCAUCACCUCGCCCCAUUCUCCCGCUUUCCAUCACCCCGCCCUAUUCUUCUGCUUUCCAUCACCCCGCCCCAUUCUCCCGCUUUCCAUCACCUCGCCCCACUCUCCCGCUUUCCAUCACCCCGCUCCAUUCUUCUGCUUUCCAUCACCCCGCCCCAUUCUCCCGCUUUCCAUCACCCUGCCCCAUUCUCCCGCUUUCCAUCACCCCGCCCCAUUCUCCCGCUUUCCAUCACCCGCCCCAUUCUCCCGCUUUCCAUCACCCCGCCCCAUUCUCCCGCUUUCCAUCACCCCGCCCCAUUCUCCUUCCUUCCAUCACCCCGCCCCAUUCUCCCGCUUUCCAUCACCCCGCUCCAUUCUCCCGCUUUCCAUCACGCCGCCCCCUUCUCCCUUCUUCCAUCACCCCGCCCCAUUCUCCCUCCUUCCAUCACCCCGCCCCAUUCUUCCGCUUUUCAUCACCCCGCCCCAUUCUCCCGCUUUCCAACACCCCAGCCCAUUCUCUCGCUUACCAUCACCCCGCCCCCUUCUUCCUCCUUCCAUCACCCCGCCCCAUUCUCCCUCCUUCCUUCACCCCGCCCCAUUCUCCCGCUUUCCAUCACUCUUCCCCAUUCUCCCGCUUUCCAUCACCCCGCCCCAUUCUCCCGCUUUUCCAUCACCCCGCCUUAUUCUCCCUCCUUCCAUCACCCCGCCCCAUUCUCCCGCUUUCCAUCACCCCGCCCCAUUCUCCCGCUGUCCAUCACCCCGCCCCCUUCUCCCUCCUUCCAUUACCCCGCCCCAUUCUCCCGCUUUCCAUCAGCCCGCCCCAUUCUCCCGCUUUCCAUCACCCCGCCCCUUUCUCCCGCUUUCCAUCUCCGUGCCCCAUUCUCCCGCUUUCCAUCACCCCGCCCCAUUCUCCCGCUUUCCAUCACCCCGCCCCAUUCUCCCGCUUCCCAUCAUCCCGCCCCAUUCUCCCGCUUUCUAUCACCCCGCCCCAUUCUCCCUCCUUCCAUCACCCCGCCCCAUUCUCCCGCUUUCCAUCACCCCGCCUUAUUCUCCCGCUUUCCACCACCCCGCCCCAUUCUCCCUCCUUCCAUCACCCCGCCCCAUUCUCCCUCCUUCCAUCACCCCGCCCCAUUCUCCCGCUUUCCAUCAGCCCGCCCCAUUCUCCCGCUUUCCAUCACCCCGCCCCUUUCUCCCGCUUUCCAUCUCCCUGCUCCAUUCUCCCGCUUUCCAUCACCCCGCCCCAUUCUCCCGCUUCCCAUCACCCCGCUCCAUUCUCCCUCCUUCCAUCACCCCGCCCCAUUCUCCCGCUUUCCAUCACCCCGCCCCAUUCUCCCGCUUUCCAUCACCCCGCCCCAUUCUCCCGCUUCCCAUCAUCCCGCCCCAUUCCCCCGCUUUCCAUCACCCCUCCCCAUUCUCCCCUCUUCCAUCACCCCGCCCCAUUCUCCUGCUUUCCAUCACCCCGCCCCAUUCUCCCUCCUUCCAUCACCCCGCCCCAUUUUCCCUCCUUCCAUCACCCCGCCCCAUUCUCCCGCUUUCCAUCACCCCACCCCAUUCUCCCGCUUUCCAUCACCCCGCCACAGUCUUCCACCUUCCAUCAACCCGCCCCCUUCUCUCUCCUUCCAUCACCCCGCCCCAUUCUCCCUCCUUCCAUCACCCCGCCCCAUUCUCCCGCUUUCCAUCAGCUCGCCCCAUUCUCCCGCUUUCCAUCACCCCUCCCCUUUCUCCCGCUUUCCAUCUCCCCGCCCCAUUCUCCCGCUUUCCAUCAGCCCGCCCCAUUCUCCCGCUUUCCAUCACCCCGCCCCUUUCUCCCGCUUUCCAUCUCCGUGCCCCAUUCUCCCGCUUUCCAUCACCCCGCCCCAUUCUCCCGCUUUCCAUCACCCCGCCCCAUUCUCCCGCUUCCCAUCAUCCCGCCCCAUUCUCCCGCUUUCUAUCACCCCGCCCCAUUCUCCCUCCUUCCAUCACCCCGCCCCAUUCUCCCGCUUUCCAUCACCCCGCCUUAUUCUCCCGCUUUCCACCACCCCGCCCCAUUCUCCCUCCUUCCAUCACCCCGCCCCAUUCUCCCUCCUUCCAUCACCCCGCCCCAUUCUCCCGCUUUCCAUCAGCUCGCCCCAUUCUCCCGCUUUCCAUCACCCCGCCCCUUUCUCCCGCUUUCCAUCUCCCUGCUCCAUUCUCCCGCUUUCCAUCACCCCGCCCCAUUCUCCCGCUUCCCAUCACCCCGCUCCAUUCUCCCUCCUUCCAUCACCCCGCCCCAUUCUCCCGCUUUCCAUCACCCCGCCCCAUUCUCCCGCUUUCCAUCACCCCGCCCCAUUCUCCCGCUUCCCAUCAUCCCGCCCCAUUCCCCCGCUUUCCAUCACCCCUCCCCAUUCUCCCCUCUUCCAUCACCCCGCCCCAUUCUCCUGCUUUCCAUCACCCCGCCCCAUUCUCCCUCCUUCCAUCACCCCGCCCCAUUUUCCCUCCUUCCAUCACCCCGCCCCAUUCUCCCGCUUUCCAUCACCCCACCCCAUUCUCCCGCUUUCCAUCACCCCGCCACAGUCUUCCACCUUCCAUCAACCCGCCCCCUUCUCUCUCCUUCCAUCACCCCGCCCCAUUCUCCCUCCUUCCAUCACCCCGCCCCAUUCUCCCGCUUUCCAUCAGCUCGCCCCAUUCUCCCGCUUUCCAUCACCCCUCCCCUUUCUCCCGCUUUCCAUCUCCCCGCCCCAUUCUCCCGCUUUCCAUCACCCCGCCCCAUUCUCGGGGUGA